UUUUCUUUCCUUUCUCAAAAUUUAGUUCUGAGAGGCCCCAAGUCAAUACGCUGGCAGCAUUUUUCAUUUCACUCAAUUACUGGUAAAAAAUACUGUCGUGUGGCGUUCAAUUCUUGUCAGUUUCUGAUAAGUUAGAAGGUAGAAACCUAGGCCCAAAGAUGAAGCAGCACUUAAGCAUCACCGACAACUUAAUUCUUAGAUUCAUUGCUAAUCACGAGGAUUUUUUAUCAUGAGAACCCAAACUUGCCUGCUAAUCUGAACGUAGUGAACGUUCACAUCUCCAAUCACGUUGCUUUAAUAAGAGUUACAUAAAUUCUGAUGAAAUCUAUAUUUUUAGGUGUUUUUUCCGUGGGAGGUCUGGUCGCAAUCGAUUCCUUCUCUCCAUCCCUGUUCACCAUUAUUCGCCGAGGCCUAAGCAAUUUUAAGGUUUCCUGAUGUUGGGCCUUCUCUUACCGAUCAUGAAAAAAUAUAUGUAUAUUUCUAUUGAAUUAAAUUUAAGGAAUCGCGAAAGUUCCAUUUGCUCACAAUUCAUAUACAAUUUCCUCAUUUCAUUAAAGCUUAACAACAGACCGAACAGAAAUUGAACAUGACAUUAAAAGAGUACGAAGUGAUCAUCCUCACAGUCUUGUACGCCAUCACAAUGCUCGUAGCAUUUGCAGGAAAUGGUUUCCUCAUCUACAUCGUGUGGAAGAAACCUGAAGUAAGAUCACUAACAAGCUUCAUGUUCGUCAACAUGGCCAUCGCCGAUUUGCUGGUGGCAUUGAUUGUGAUGCCGUGGUCGAUUGCCCACAUCUAUACAAACGGAUUGUGGAUGAUACCAGGCCUAUUUGGAGAAGUCAUGUGCAAAGGUAUAGUAUACACUGCCUACGUCACGUUAACAGCGUCCAUCCUCUGCCUGACAUUCGUGGCCAUCGAUAGGUACUAUGCCAUUGUUCAUCCCCUCCGUCGCUAUCUUUGGUUCCGAAAGCCUAAACUGACUGUACCAUUUAUUUGGAUCUUUUCGCUGGCUUCGAUGUCCAUUUUUCCAGCUAUUCAAACCGUGGAGGGAACUAAUAAACGUCCCCUGUGCUCGAUAUCCGUUUAUAUUUUGGGCGAUCCACAGAAGGCUAUGCGAGGCAUAUUCCUUUACUUCGUGGUGCUCAACUAUCUGAUCCCUUUAAGUGUAAUUGCGUUUCUCUAUGCUAUUACCGCAUGGAGGUUAUGGUUCCAUGUUGCACCUGGAAAUCACCAUAUGACGGGAAAUCGAGAGCAACAAGAAACGACCAAGAAGAGAGUGGUUCGAAUGCUCAUUAUUGUCACCUGUGCCUUUUCUCUUUGCUGGCUCCCAGCACACGUGGUCCACAUGAUUUAUGUCAUGCAUAGCUGGAAUAUUGAUGUUCAGCUUCAGAAGAUUGUCGAAAGCGGGUGUUUCUGGUUGGGCCACGCCAACAGCGCCAUCAACCCAUGGCUGUACAUUUUCCUUAGCAGCAAGAUCAGUACGGUAUUUAUAAAAAUGGUGAGUAGAAAAAGCACCCAGUCACCUUCGAGUGUCAGUGUCAAAACAUCAAAUGCCCCUCUACAACCCGAAGAAGAAGCUUUCCAGGAAGAAACAAGACUGUAA